AUGCAAGAGAAGCUUUCGGGCUAUGAUCAGCAGGUCAAGCAUUUCAAAUCGGUCUGUAAUAGUAAUGAAACUCGGCAGUAUGAUGGUGAUCAAUUGGCUCACGAGAUAUUCAAGCUGGAGGAUCUUUUCUUGAUCCCGGAAGAGAUAUACAAGAUGGGGAUACCACGCAAGCAAACCACAGGUGACGUUUCUGUCCAAUACAUAGCCUACCACGUCAAUGAUGAGGGCUGGGUUGACGAGCCGCCAAACCCAGAUCUCGUUCAUCUAGAGUGGUUGUUCCAAACGGAAUUACUUGAGGAUGAGAAAGACCGAUGGACGUUGGUUAAUGCUAUGCAGAGUAGGUUGAUCCAUCCGCUGCGUUGCAGAAUAUCAUCUUGUGAAAGCGACUCAGACGUCAAAACUCUACCCUCUGUGGAGACGAUACGGACGGAUAGUUUGAAAGAGGUGGAAACAGAUAUUUUCCACCUUAUGGACGAAUCUGAGGAUACGCUCAGUUUUGCUGAGUAA